UUGGUUAGAAGUUAGAGGAAGGCCUUUUAAUUUCCCCAAAAGAGUGUCCCCCAAUGGGGCAACCACCAUAAUGGGUUUCUCCAGAGUUGGAGAAUUUUCAUUUGUAAUUUUCUUCAGCAGAUAUUCAUAUUCUAUCUCCCAUUUUCUUGUGGGCACAGAGAGAGAGAAAUCAUCCCUCUGCUUUUGCGUUGCUGCGAGUUACGAGGAAGAAGAAGAAGCAGAGUUCAAUGGGGGAGGAGAUGGAGCAACUGCUGAAUAUGGGGUUUCCCGACGAGCUGGCGGCGCAAGCCUUGGCCGCCACCGGCGGCAAAUCCACUCUCAAAGCUACCGAAUGGAUUCUCAAUCAUAAAUCCUCUUCUUCUUCUUCUCCUCCUUCCUCCAAACCCAAUCCUAAUCUCCCCCUUCCUCAACCCAACCUCCAGCCCAAACUCGAUCGGCCUCGCACCGUGGACGGUGUUCUAGGGCAAGAUCACCUUCUCGCGAAGAAUUCCAUCCUUCGUUCUGCUCUGGAAUGUAAUCGAUUGCCGUCGAUUAUCCUUUGGGGGCCGCCUGGUACAGGUAAGACCUCGAUUGCGAAAGCUAUUGUAGGUUCCGCUUCUUCCUCUCAGUCUUUUCGUUUCGUUUCCUUGUCUGCUGUGACUUCCGGCGUCAAGGACGUUAGGGAUUGUGUUGAGGAAGCUAGAAAAAUUAGAAUCAAGAACAAUAAGAGGACUGUUUUGUUUUUGGAUGAGGUUCACAGGUUCAAUAAAUCCCAACAGGACUCCUUUUUGCCUGUCAUUGAAGAUGGAAGCAUCAUCUUCUUGGGGGCCACUACCGAGAACCCUUCCUUCCAUUUGAUCACUCCAUUGUUGUCUAGGUGCAGGGUUCUUACUCUUAACCCCUUGAAGCCCCACCAUGUUUCCAUGAUUCUGAAACGAGCUGUGGAUGAUUCUGAGAAGGGAUUGGCUCGGACUGUGACCAUGGCUGUUCAGGUUGGGGAGGAAGCUAUUGAAUUCUUAGCUGCUAAUUGUGAUGGUGAUGCCAGGACUGCUUUGAAUGCAUUGGAGAUCUCUGCUAUCACUGCAGCUGCCCGGUCCAGCCCCGCCCACAUCGAUGAUUGCAAUCAAGAAGAUGCCAAUGGCGAUACUACUACUGUGACGAAUCGGGGAGACGCAUCUUCGUCGUCGUCGUCCGGGGCCGUUGUUACUCUGGAUGAUGUGAAGGAGGCUCUUCAAUGUAAGCAUCUUGCCUACGACAAGGCAGGGGAAGAGCACUACAAUCUCAUUAGUGCACUUCACAAGUCCAUGAGAGGAAGUGACGCAGAUGCCUCAAUUUACUGGUUGGCAAGAAUGUUGGAAGGUGGAGAACAGCCUCUGUAUAUAGCUAGGAGACUCGUAAGAUUUGCGAGUGAGGACGUCGGGUUAGCCGAUCCCUCAGCUCUCAACCAGGCUGUUUCUUGCUAUCAAGCCUGCCAUUUCAUAGGCAUGCCCGAGUGCAACGUCGUUCUGGCGCAAUGCGUCGCAUACUUAGCACUCGCUCCGAAGUCGGUGGCGGUGUACCGGGCCAUGGGAGUUGCAGAGAAGGCAGUGAGAGAAUCAGUUGGGCAGAACGAGGGCGUUCCUCUUCAUCUGAGGAAUGCUCCAACAAAGCUGAUGAAGGAAGUUGGAUAUGGGAAGGGCUAUAUUUACACUCCAGACGAUCCCACUGCAACUCAGAGCUAUCUUCCUCCAUCUCUUCAAGGCCAUAAAUUUCUCAAAUGGCCAGAGCCACAAGAUAAUACACAAAAUUGACCACUUUAGAGUAUGUAACUGUAACUUUGCUGGUGAUACUCUUAUUCCUUUUGGGGCUUUACUAUUCUCUUUAAUGUGGAGUUUUUGGGACCUUUUGUUUUUGACAUUUUCUUCGUUGGGUCCUUUUACCAUUACAUUAAUGCGGAUGUUUGUUGAAUGUGAUGAUGAUGAAUUCU